AUGGCUGAAGGUCCUCAGCCUUACUUAGAAGACAUGAACGGUAUCGCAUCUGGCGAUCACGAGUCCUGUUUCGAUGAUGUGGAGAUGGCAGCCACUGGAAUAAAUAUGCUUCUCAACAAUGGAUUCCAGGAAGCCUUCGCUCUUUUCGAUAAAUACAAAAAUGAAAGCCCUCUGAUGCACUCUGGUUACAGUUUUGUAUUUUUCAUGCAAGCUCUGAUGUCCUACGAGGAGGAGAAACUUGGGGAGGCUCAGCGAGUUCUCCAGGAGACGGAAAAGCACUGCUCAACACAGGAUGGCUUUGUCAAGUCUUUCCGGAGAAAGUUUUCUAAAAAGAAGAAUGUAAAAGCAGCUCUCAGGAUUGAGGAGAGGAUCACCAACCAGGUGAUUGUGGCCGACUGCCUCCUGUACCAGGCCGUGUUGGUGUUCACCAACCAGGAUAUUUCCAGUUAUGUCAAAGGGGGCUGGUUGUUGAGGAAAGCCUGGAAAAUUUACGAGAGACUCCACAAAGAAGUGACAUCAUUAAUGGACAGUCUCGUUCAGGGAAAAGUUUCGAGAAUUUCCAAGUCUUUCUCCUCGUCUGUUGACCCUGAGCCAGCUGAUGCCAUGGCCGAGAUCUCUGGGAUAGAUCAUGCCGCUGUUAAUGGUGUCAUUGAUGACUGUGGGGAAGGACUGUCGGCAGACGUGCUCACACGUCUGCUGGGGGCUGUCAACUUUGGUUAUGGAACCUUUCAGCUCUGUCUGUCCAUGGUGCCUCCAAGGAUAUUGAAGCUGAUAGAGUUUCUAGGAUUUGAGGGGGACAGAGAGGUGGGCCUGAGCUGUCUGGCCUUUACCAGCCACACCAAGGACAUGAAGGCCCCUCUGGCAACCUUGGCCUUGCUGUGGUACCACACCGUCCUGAGACCUUUCUUCGCCCUGGAUGGAGCUAACCACUUCCAAGCAG